CGAUGGGCGUGGCAUGCGUGUCGGUGGGCGUGUCCGGGCUGUCGCUGGGCGUGGCCUGGCUCAGCCUCGUCUCCUCCGGUCUCGCCCGAGUCCCCGGUUUCCCCUCAACUCAUCGAUAAUCCAAGCCAUGUCUCACCAGACCGGCAUAGUCGCGUCCCAGGACCUGCGCGACUUCUUGGGGCGAGCACGCGGAGGGGACGUGCGGUUGAUCAAGAUCGCCAUCGACGAUGGCACAGAGACGCUGGUGCUGGCUGACGAGCGGCGGCCGGAGCAGGCGUGGGACGCGGAGUACGACGCGCUGGUCCAGUCGGUGCUGGAGCCCGAGCAGCCGUGCUACCUGCUGUACCGCCUCGACUCGCAGAACCCGCAGGGGCACGAGUGGCUCUUCAUCACCUGGUGUCCCGACAGCUCACCGGUGCGUCAGAAGAUGCUGUACGCGGCGACCCGGGCCACGGUGAAGAAGGAGUUUGGUGGAGGCCACAUCAAGGAGGAGCUCUACGGCACAGAGAAGGAGGAAGUGAGCCUCUCUGGAUACAAAAAGCACAUCAAGCUGAGCAACGCGCCCAACCCCCUCACGGCCGCCGAGGCCGAGCUGCAGAAGCUGAAGCUCAACGAGGUGAAGACGGACAUCAGCGUGGACAGCAAACAGCAGACGCUGCAGGGCGUCUCCUUUCCCAUUCAGGAGCGGGCGCUGCAGGCGCUGCAAAGGUUCAGCAAGGGAGAGGUCAACUACGUGCAGCUGUCGGUGGACCUGGACAAGGAGACGAUCAACCUGGAGCACGCGAAGAAGAUCUCCGUGGCUGAGCUGCCGCGCUGCGUGCCGGAGGACGCCGCACGCUACCACUUCUUCAUCUUCCCACACUCGCACGAGGGGGACCGCCUCGAGUCCACCGUGUUCAUCUACUCGAUGCCCGGGUACAAGUGCAGCAUCAAGGAGCGGAUGCUCUACUCCAGCUGCAAAGGGCCACUCAUCGACACGGUGGAGCAGAAGCUGGGCCUGGACAUCGCUCGCAAGAUCGAGAUUGAGAACCGCGACGAGCUGACGGAGGACUUCCUGUACGAGGAGGUGCACCCCAAGCAGCACGCCUACAAGCCGGCCUUCGCCAAGCCUCGUGGCCCCACGGGGAAGCGGGGCGUCAAGAGGAUCACCAAGAGCCCGGGGGAGGGCGGCGGCGACGACUAGGGGGGGGGCGGGGGGGGGGCGGGGGGGUGAGCUGAACGACGAGGUGGCGGCGAGCGGGGUGGGACGUCGUGGGACGUCGUGGGACGUCGUGGGACGUCGUGGGACGUCGUGGGACGUCGUGGGACGUCGUGGGACGUCGUGGGACGUCGUGGGGGUCAUCGCGUGGGUGUAAAGUCGGCGACGGGGUGCGACCGGCGAGCCGUCUCGCUCGCGGUCCGCGCCGGCGACGCCGAUCCUCGGCGCUCCGUCUCCCGGGGGCGGCCGUUCCCGCCCCUCCCCCGCCCACCCCCGCGUUCCCCUCGCGACACAAUCGAAAGGCACCUUUUUCCGUACGGGGGGGGGGUGGGGGAUGUGACCGGAGCAACGGACGGAGACUUGACACGAACAUCUCCGCUCCCGUCCCCCGGAUCUCCGUGAAGCCCAAAUAUCAACCCGGCACCGCGCAUCAAUCGCAAUAUCCAACGUUUUUAUUUCCGCCAAGUCUUUUUCCCCACCCCUUCGAGUUUCACUUUGGCUCUGCCACGCCGUCGGUGCGGCCGUGCCGGCGUCCCGUUGGCUCGAUGGCGUCGCCAGGACGACAAACGCCUCCCCCCGUGACCUUCAGCGCCAACGUGGUAUCGUCCAGAUAUCCGCGUCGUCACAGCAACACGCCGCGGUGUAGGGGAGCGGGCCGUGCGUGUUCUGGGGGGCCCGCCACCCCCCCCCCGUACCUCCGCGUACGACGCACGGCGGCGACGACGUUCCGGCUCGCUCGGGAAGGGAAGC